CUUAGUCGCUGAACCGGACCUGGCUACACACCUGCCGCUGCACUAAGCACACUAAUCCACUUGUCAAAACGCACUGCAAAUUCCAAGCCGACCUUAGUUGAAGGCGCGCCUGGCAAAAAGACGGUAGUGAGCGAGCUGGGGAUGGGCUCGAGCCAGUACUAAGGCAAGUUACACAAUGAGCGUGCGCUAAUAACGGUCGUCCUUUCCAGCCCAAACCAUCAGACUCCAACCUCUUUCUCCAGAGCGUGCUCAUCAAUGUGACUAGAGAGGAAACUGAACCAUCUGAACAACUAGAAAACAAUGGAGCCACAGCGCCACUACCCAAGCCAACAGCCCCAACCCCAUCAGCCAGCUCACGGCCAGUACCUACAGUUUCACAUGGAGCCGAAGCCGGAGCCCACUUCCACUCUCGAUCUCAGCGAUGACGCCACGUCCGACUCGCUCAAACACGACCAGCAGUCUGCCGGCGUCGUCGCCGGACCGCACGGCGUACACCCUGACCUGGCCAGCUACGAGCAAAGCUUGAACGAAAUGCGUAAAACACGCGGUCGCGUCAAGAUCAAGAUGGAGUUCAUCGAGAACAAGCUGCGACGCUACACAACGUUCAGCAAACGCAAGACAGGCAUUAUGAAAAAGGCGUAUGAGCUGAGUACACUGACAGGCACACAGGUGAUGCUGCUUGUGGCCUCGGAGACCGGCCACGUCUAUACAUUCGCCACGCCAAAGCUGCAGCCCAUGAUCACAUCAGACACGGGCAAGUCUCUGAUACAGACCUGCCUGAACUCGCCGGACUUACAGUCGUCUGGCCAGCAACCGUCGCGCAUGUCGUCAACCGGCUAUGAGGAGACUGAGCUCACCUACUGUAUUGAGGAGGACCAGAAACUGCAGGAUCCACUGAGCUCGGCAAUGCUGCAGUCGUACCCUACACCAGCGCCACACCACGCUUCCCGCGACAAUCUGGUCGCGAGCAGUAGUAGCGGCAUGCCUUCCUUAACCGUCGGCAUGCCCCCACUGUCCAGCAUGGCUGCGCCGUCACCACACCAGUAUCCAAUGCAGUCUUUGCAGGCACCCACACCAACCACGCCGUACUCAAUCACAUCCACCAUGGCCAGUCCAGUGUUCUCCUACAACCAGAGUGGUGGACUGAUGACUGACCAAAAGCCAUCGCCAAUCCAUCUCAGCCUGGACGAUGCGGCUGCAGCAUCAUUUGCUCCACAAGCGCACUAUCUCGGUCAGCCAAGUCCAGCACUCAGCGCCGCGGGAUCCUCACCACCUGGAUUCUACUCGUCCAGCCACACCAGUGCCGGCAUGAGUGCGCUAACACCCAACCAGCUCCACCAGCAAUCCACCAACAGGACGCCUGCAGCAUCUGCGGCGGCACACUUUGCGGCGAGCAUGAAGCAGGACGAGUACUCGCCACGCGGUAGCCCACCACGGUCGCAAGCACAGCACGACCAGGCAAUCGUGCCACCGGCCACAGAGCAACUUCUGCACGGGACUACCACCGGCAUGCCACUGUCAAGUCCGGUCUCCACCAGCGGCAUGCAAGGCAUUGGCGGCGGCAGUGCCAUGCCAUUCAGUACUACAUGUAUGGGCUUACAUGACAUCCAGGCCAGCAGCAUACCGGGCGGUAUGCAGAUGCCACCACGCCUGUCCACGUUAGCACAGUAAGGUGUGCAUUUGCUAUACACACACACAGAGCUACAGAGAGCCGUUACAAGCCACUGGCUCUGGUGCAUUUGCUAUACACACACACAGCUACAGAGAGCCGUUACACGCCGUUGGCUCUGACAAUCACCAAUGCCAAGAUUACCAGUUCGCGAAACCUAGAUCAGCUCAUGAUCAACGGUAUAGCAGUAUAGCAGUAUUACUUCCGGAAAACGUUAUUCUCAACUUUUUUUCCCGUAUGAACAGCAACUCUAGCGAAAUGUAACAAGUGCCAGUUGAAAUCAUAGUACUCCUUCUAUCCACUGUGACGACUAUCAACCACCAAGAUGAUGACAAUAUUUGGACCUGUAAUUGUUAGGACUCAUGCAUGUGCAUUUCUACAAAUCGCCCAGUUACUAGCAGGUUUCUCUGCUCUAAAGCUUAUCAGUUGUCUAGCUAGAGUACUAGAGCCUGGUGGUAAGUUUGCCAAGUAUCGGUGUGUCAUGCAUGGCAUGGUGUAGAAUAGGCAGCUAGAGUAAGUAAGGAUAAUUUGGUAGAGGUCAGCGUAACAUGUAGGGUAAAUGAUUUGAUAUUUUCCGCCUUGUUGAACGUAUGCAUGUAUUUUCAUUGAGCACGCAAGCAUGUACGUUGUUCUCCUCUCCACUUUGCUAGGUUAAAUGUACCCUUCUAAAGGGAAUCGCCAUUCAAUUAUUAUUUUUUCUCCAUAGGAUUUUUAUAAACAUGUCACAAAAGUAAUAUAGGUCAAUUCUAUUUUUGUGUCACAAGUUGAUUCUGGAGUGACACCAACUUCCCUAAUCUAAUAAUGCCAUUGGGUUUGAUCGUGUCUUUUAUCGUUUUAUUUCCGCACGUCUUCUUUUUAAUUCACGCGGAGUGCAGAUAGUUGAUAAAAUAGUAACCUAUUUUUAGUUAGUUUGUGUAGCAUGAUAUAGUUCUUCUUUAUUCAAAGAGCGAUAUAGUCAUAUACUGAAGUAGACUGGUGUACACUGCCAGAGUCUAGCUGAACCGCCUACGUUAAAUUUAUCGUUUUUUGUUGCUAUUCAAUAGACCUUGCUGCCGCCACUGGUGGCUCGUGACGCACA